AUGGCAAGGCGUAGCACUAGAGCCAGUACGCGGUCUAGUACUGUGAAUAGCACCAAUACAUCAGAUGAUCAAGAUACCAAAAUGGCAGUGGAAUCACUCAACAUUGCCAAAGCUGAGGACGACGUCAAUGAGGAGUUAGAACAAGAGCCCAGCGAUGACGAUGAAUUGGAAUACGACGACAAAUACGAGCAGCAAGAUGACAUUGGCGACGACGACGAGGAAGAAGAUUACAAGGUGGAUGUAGAUGAGGAUGAGCACAUGGAAGCAUUAUACACUCAAGUCGACGCAAAGCCAAAGAGGAAGAGAACUGAAACAGCCAACGGAAAGCCCACGUUUAACGAUAAGGUUGACAUUAGUUCCGAUGAUGAAAGCAUUAAAUAUGCCGAUCAAUUUGAACAAGCCAGCGACAACGACGUUACCAUUGUUGCCUCGAACGAGGCUGAUAAUCCCCAUGACAUUUCCGACGACGAUGUCCAAGAGAUCAAGCCAUUGCCAAAGAUCCUCAAGGAUAACGAUGAACUCACGCAAGAAGAGAAACAAGCUAUGGCAGACGAGAGGAAGCGCAUCGCAGCCUUGAAAAGACAGCGUGACAAGUUUGAGAUACAAGAGAGGACAAAACUGAAAAAAGAACUUGGUCGCAAAACGCUUACGCGUGGUGAAAUGAACCAAGUCGCUCUCGGUUGUUGGCAUCCCGAACUUAAGGAUGUUUGGGGUGAUUUGUCAAGAGAUAUCGUACCACAGAAGCCCCAGACGCUCCCUUCUCCCCCUGGUCUCAAGCUCAAGCUGCUCCCCUUCCAGCAAGAGUCAUUGUAUUGGAUGAAGGAACAAGAGAAGGGUCCAUGGAAAGGCGGUAUGCUUGCUGAUGAGAUGGGUAUGGGUAAGACUAUUCAGACAAUCGCGUUGUUGCUGAGCGACCGUAAGAAACCAAACCUUAUUGUCGCUCCCACCAUCGCCGUUGUCCAAUGGAAAAAUGAGAUAGAAUCUUACACUGACGGAAUGAACGUAUUGCUGUGGCACGGCGCUUCUCGUACCAAAAACAUAGCAGAUUUGAAAAAAUACGAUGUCGUAAUGACAUCCUAUUCCGUGAUGGAGUCAGCAUUUCGUAUACAGCAGUAUGGCAGACAGAGGAAAGGCUCGAAAAUCAAAGAGCCUAGUCCGUUGCACGCAAUAAACUGGCACAGGAUUAUUCUCGAUGAAGCUCAUAACAUUAAAGAAAGAUCAUCCAACACUUCCAAAGCAGCCUUUGGAUUGAAAAGUAACUUCAAGUGGUGCCUUUCUGGUACACCACUGCAAAAUAGAGUUGGAGAACUCUACUCGCUCGUUCGUUUUAUUGGCGCUGAUCCAUUCGCUUAUUACUACGGUAAAAAGUCCAAGUGUAAGUCGUUGAAUUGGAGUUUCUCCGACAGACGCCACUGCGACUACUGCGGUGAAUCACCAAUGAAUCACGUCUGUUUUUGGAACAACGAGAUUCUUACACCCAUCCAAAGGUAUGGUAUGGUUGGUGAAGGUUUGACCGCUUUUAAGAAGCUCAAAAUUCUGCUCGACAGAAUGAUGCUCCGCCGCACCAAAGUCGAGCGAGCUGAUGAUCUCGGCUUGCCACCGCGUAUCGUCAAGUGCCGCAGAGACUUCUUCUCCGAAGAAGAGCGUGACAUCUACUUGUCUCUAUACAGUGACGUUCGACGCGCUUUCUCUUCGUAUAUUGACCAAGGUACCAUUUUGAACAACUACUCGAACAUCUUCUCACUCAUUACGCGUAUGCGCCAGAUGGCAUGUCAUCCAGAUCUUGUUCUCAAGAGUCGUACUACAGAGUAUGGCAAAGACUUAUCAGAUGAGCAUGUAUGCAGGAUCUGUAACGACAUAGCAGAAGACGCGAUUGACGCACGCUGUCACCACGCCUUCUGUCGUCUUUGCAUCACUGAGUAUUUGACUGGCAGUCUGGUCGAGCAGCCAGAAUGUCCAUCUUGCCACGUCCCGAUCUCGAUCGAUAUUAACCAACCUUCAAUAGAGCGUGCCGAAGAUGAGGGCCUGAAGACGAGCAAGCCGAAUGGCAUCACGGGCAGACUCGACAUGGCUCACUGGAAAUCAUCGACAAAAAUCGAGGCACUGGUUGAGGAGCUGACUGAGUUGCAAAGAGAGGACUGUACUAUCAAGUCGCUUGUCUUCAGCCAGUUUGUCAACUUCCUUGAUCUGGUUGCAUGGAGACUCAAGAGGGCUGGAUUUAAUAUCUGUAGACUUGAAGGCAACAUGACACCGCAGACUAGGAACGCAGUUGUACAGCAUUUUAUGAAGAAUGUACACUGCACCGUCUUCCUAGUAUCGCUCAAAGCAGGUGGUGUUGCACUUAACUUGACUGAAGCCUCGAGAGUGUACAUGAUGGACUCGUGGUGGAACCCAGCUGUCGAGUACCAAGCCAUGGACAGAGUACACAGACUAGGUGCGCGGAGACCCGUCCAAUGCAUCAAGCUCGUUAUUGAAGACUCCAUCGAAAGCCGUAUUGUUCAACUACAAGAAAAGAAAUCUGCCAUGGUUGAUGCUGCUAUCGGUCGUGACGAUGCUGCGAUGGGUAGAUUGUCACCGGAAGAUAUGGGCUUCCUCUUCAAGAUGUAA